AUGAAGAAUACAGAAGCCAGCGACAACGAGGACGAUGCCCUUUCCUUUCCACCGCACAUUAAAUCAGAAUUCCGGUCAGAAAUGCUUCCACAGACAACAAUGACACAGAAACGCAAGAGAAUGUCGGCCAUCCAGAGCCCCAAGCAGCCUCGCGUCGCGUCAGAGUCGCCGCCUCCCCCUUCACAAGACGAUUCGGUUUCCCGACCUUCGAAGCGAAAGCGCAUGCUUGGGCCGUCGCGUAAUAAGCUGGGAGGCAGCCUUACAACACCUUUUUCGGAGAAGAAUGGGACACCCGCCGACGUUCAAAUCGAAAGCCCUCGAGCUUCAGUCGAGCCAGAUGAUGACCGCGAAUCUCCUUCCUCCAAGGGGAAAAGGAAAUCUCGCAAAUCCAAGGAAUCAAAACAAGACGACCGCGCCUUAAAUCAAACUCUUCGUCGAUCGACAGAUGGCUCCGAGCAGCCAGUGGAAGAGUUCGAGGGAACAUCCUCGAAGAAGCAACGGUCAGCCCGCACGCCGACUCCGGAGGAGCCAAUACCGUCAGGCACACAAUCCGAUCAAGAGAGUGAGGCAGAAGAGGAUAAAGAAGAGCCAAGUCCGGCUCGAGACCGCAACAAGAAAGGGAAAUUGACGGGAUUUUUCACCGCUAGAGAAGUUGGUGCUUUGGAAAAGUUCAAACUGAACUUCUGCAACAGCAAUGGUCUCCCUGCGAGUACUUUCGACCAGAUGGUACAGCACUCCGACCGCCAUAAAGACUCUGGUUUCCCCUGCGAUACAAUCAUCUCUAAGCAAGAGUUCUGGAAGCAAAUCUAUGAAACCAUUCCGCGCAGAGAUCGCCGAUCAGUUUACAGAUUCAUGCGCCGGCAUUUCCAGGACUCGGGGCAGAAGCCGCAUCAUUGGACAUCUGAACAAGAUGAUGAGCUUGUCUCCCUACAUGCCCACCAUGGGCCAAAGUGGGCAUUUAUUGCUAGAAUGAUAGGACGCAGUGACGAUGACGUUGUCCAGCGGUGGAAGAAUAAACUCCAACACCGGGGAAGGAUGAACCAAGGGCCAUGGAAAGAAGACGAGACAAAUGCACUGCACGACGCUCUCACUAACAUCUGGGAGAAGUUGUCAAAGGCCGGUGAAGAUGUCGGAGCGGAUAUCUACGAGAUGGACGAGAUGUACAUCGGAUGGGGAGGUGUGAGCGACCAUCUUAACAACAGUCGUUCCAGACAGCAAUGCGCCGAUAAAUGGCGCAAGAUGCGUCGCAAAGUCCUUUCAGACCGUUUCAGUGAAGAUUCUGAUGCCGUUAAGAAAUCUACCAAGCCACGUCGGCCGGUCAAAAAGUCUCUGUCAAAAACACCUACGAAGUCCCGUUCAGCGUCUUUGGAGGCAUCCUCCAAGUCAAAAUUCAAGAGCUCGGCGUAUGUGAACUCGGACGAGGAUGACGAUGAGGAUGAUGAGAGCAAAUUUCGGAAUGGAACUCCAGGGAGCAACAAGGCAAUUGGCAAAGGUCUCGAAAUGUCAGCAAUAAGAAAGCAGCGGCCAUCAAUGGCCGAAAAAGACAUCAUGGCUCCGCCGCAAAGCUCUGAUGAGUCAGAGGUAGAGCAGAGUGACUCUCAGGAGCUCGCUCCUACCUCUUCCAAGCAGAGCGAAACGUCAACUACUCGGUUUUCUGCAGAACUUCCUGUUCGGGUAACAUCUGGAGUCGGCAGCAAGGAACCGCAGAAACGAAAAAGAGCAUCGGAGUCGGUCGUCGAUGAGACUGAAGAGAGCGCCUCUGAUGAACCUGCUCCUAAGAGAACCACAGCCACAAAGCCCCGUGGUGAUGGCGAUCAUGAAAGGGACGAGGUUUCAGAAGAAGAGCCCGAGUCUGGUGAAGAAGAAGAAACUCUAGCACCGGCGUCGGCACAACCGUCUUCACCCUUGGACGAUAACGACUCUUCCCCAUCUGAAAAUGAGAGUGACGGAGAUUCCGAUGAAGAGAACCCGGCCGCAAGACAGCCCGAGGAAGAUAAACGCUCGGAACCGGAGAGCAGCGACGCGGACUCUGUAUUCGAGUCGGAGUCCGAAUCCCACAAGGACAGAAACCCCAUUUUUGACGAGCUCACCGUUGCCGUGAAAACAGAGGUGCCAGAGUCGGAGGAUGAGUCUCGUGUACUUGUCAAGCAGGAGGUGCCUGAGUCCGAUGAUAAUAUUGGCGCCUCUGCUGAAACAACAGAUGAAGAGAACAGCGAUGACGAUGACGACGACGAUGCCGAAUCGACAAGCAGCGGUGAGGAAGACAGUGAUUAG